AUGUUAGUUCGCCUCCUCAGCGCCAUUGUGGCUGCACACCCAACUCUCAAACUCGAUUACGCUGCAAUAUCCAAAUACUACGGAGAUGAGUCAAAUUAUCAUCAGAUUUGGCGUGGUAUGAAUGGCAUAAAGCGUAAUGCCGAGAGCCUCCGAAAAGCAGUCGAUGCAGGUCUCAAUGCCUCUACCGUCAAUCUCGAGAACGAUUUUAGCGUUAAGAAAGCAAUCAGCAUUCGCUUUGGUGGAGAUUGCACUGCCUCUGCACUUGACAACAGAUUUAGGCGUUUGAAGUCUGAUGCUAAACUGAUCAACGCUGCCGUUGCCAGAGGAGAAGAUCCUAUCCUCAUGAAUGUUGGCGAUACAAAUGGAGAGGUUGCCUGCAAGGGAAAGGCGAUUUCCGUGCUUAUGGGAUCAGCAACUCCAGCUAGUCACAUCCAAUCGCAGCUUCGAGAAACCAUCAAACCUCUUGGUGAACGCUUGAUUGCCAUGCGUGAUGUCGGCGAGGACUGCAAAGAUGUCGAUUUGACAGACUUGGGUACUCGCCGAUAUAAGGCUGAGAUUGCUGCAAAGAUGGGAUCAGAUGUUACUCCUAUUAGUGUUAAAGCACAGUUCAGUCGAAGCUUCAGAGUUUUGGGUGCUCGUCAAAAUGCUUUAUUUGCUGUUGGCAAAGACCCCAAGGAUGCCAGUUUGGACAAAUUGGGUAGUCAACAGAAGUCUGAAGUGAUUUUAAGUCCAGAGGUUGCCAAGUACAUGGGCUCGGAUGUCACUCCCAUAGCUAUCAAGAUCAAGUUUAAUGCAACCAUCAGAGCUCUUUCCCGUCGUCAAAUAGCUUUGUUUGAUGCCGGUAAAGAUCCUUUGGAUGUCUCGUUGAGCAACCCGAAAGGUGAGACUGCUAGGAUUAUGGGAUCAGACACUACUCCUUCAUCUCUCCAGAAUCACUUUCGUCGGACUGUCAAAGUUCUUUGCAAACGUCAGAUGUCGAUGCUAGCAGCAGGUCAAGAUUCUAUGGAAGUCAGCCUUGAUGGUCUAGGAGGUGAGAUCGUUGCAAUUAUGGGAUCAGAUGUUACCGUUGAUGCUAUUAAGCAACAGAUUGGCAAGCGUAUCAAGGUUCUUGGCAGUCGCCAAACCAAGAUGCGAGCAGCUGGUCAAGAUCCCAAGAGGGUUGAUCUGGAAGGUUUAAUGCCUGCCAAGAAGGAACAAGGUGAAAUGGACAAAUUCAUGGGAGAUUCCACUAUGAACGGUCUUCGAUUUCAAUUCGAUACUCGUUACAAGGUCAUCGCCAAACGUCAGAAAGCCAUGUUUGCUGCAGGCGAAAAUCCUUCAACGGUUGAUAUUGUCACUGGCGGCAAGACUGAAGUUCAAAAGUGUUUUGGUUCAGAUGCUACUGCUGGUGGAAUCAAAUUCCAAUUUGCAACCACCAUCAAGAAGCAUGUCGACCAGAUUCGCAGUGCGAGAGCUGCUGGCAAAGACUGCAAAGAUAUCACAUUCAAUUCCAAUGGUCUCUUGAUUUACACAUUUCAUUGCGGGCAUUAA